AUGAGCCAGAUUCUACCAAAGCCACAGAACCAGAUUUCAGAUCCGUCAGGGUUUGAAACGAAAUCCCAGAUACUUUUAGAUACAGCUAACCCAAGACUUAUCCGCCAUUUAAGUACCGGAAGUGACUUGUACAUCACAGAAGGGUAUGAUUACGUGAUGAAGGUGAUCCUACUCGGGGAUCAAGGGGUCGGCAAAUCUUCUUUUCUGAAGGCCUUGAGAGUUCACCCGGAUGUUAUCAAGGCUAAGUGCAGCUGUAGGAUCGCCUCGGCCUCUGAUCAUCUAGAAGUUGAAGUGACCACACCUUCCAAGAAAACGGCGUUUGUUCGCUUGUAUGAUACCGGAGGACAGGAGAGGUACCGAAGUCUGACAUCCUCCUACUACCGGGGAGCCCAUGGGGUCAUGCUGAUCUUUGAUGUCAGGAACCAGAACUCAUUGAGGAACAUCGAGAGCUGGCUCUGUGAUUUGGACACGUUCUCAUCAGCAUCAUCAUGUGUACGAGUAGUCAUCGGAUCCAACUGUACCGCCACCAAUCGUGAAAUUCCGGCGCAAGUUGCCCGGAAAUACGCCGAGAGCCGAGGAAUGCCAUAUAUGGAGAUGGAUACUGGUCACUUCUACAAUGUGGUGGAAAGCUUGCAUCUGGUGGUGGCAAAGAUCGCCAUGGAAACCAGCAUCUCUACACAACACUCGACGAUAAUCAAACCAGGUGAUGAUUGGCAUCAAAGUGAUGAGAUGGACAGAAGAAAAAUGUUUCCAUGUUUGUGUUGA